AUGACAAAUGAGGACAGGUUGAAAGAUGCUGCUAUUUCAGGAGAUAUAAAUUCUCUCUACACACUAAUUCAGGAGAAUCCACGAGUUUUGGAGCAUUUCGAUGAUGUACCAUUUGUUGACACUCCUUUGCAUUUUGCUGCAUCUGCUGGGCAUCUCCCAUUUGCUGCAGAGAUUAUGAGAUUGAAGCCUUCAUUUGCACGGAAGCUAAAUCAAGAAGGAUUCAGCCCCAUCCACCUUGCUUUACAACACGGCCAGUACAGAAUGGUGCUUAGCUUUGUAAAAAUGGACAAAAACCUCGUUCGAGUCAAAGGGAAGGAAGGCAUAACUCCUCUGCAUUUUGUAACUCAAAUUGGAGAAACUGACCUUUUGGGUGAAUUCCUCAAUGCUUGUCCAGAUUCCAUUGAAGAUGUGACAGUACGAGGUGAGACUGCACUGCAUAUUGCUGGAAAACAUAAACAGAAUGAGGCUGUUGAAAAGCUGGUUCUCUGGCUUACGCAAAAAAAACAAAAAGGUGCUGCGGCGUUGGAAAACAAAAUGCUGAACUGGGGAGAUGAGGCUGGCAACACCAUUUUGCACAUUUCAGCAUACAUCAAUGACUUAAGGGGGCUUCAAUUGUUGAUACACAGUAAAAUUGAUUUAAAUGCCAAGAAUUUGGAGAUGUGCACAGCAAUAGACAUAGCAGCCACAGAAGAGAUCAAGAGUAUAUUGAAACCAUCCCCCCAUUUACAUAAACUAUUAAGAUUGCCUUCGGAAUUUUUGCCUUAUCAAAAUAUUCGUAAAGUUCGCCAGAGAAUGGAUAUAUCAGAGGAUAUACGCAAUGCUUUGUUGGUAGUUGUUACUGUUGUUGCAACUGCCACUUAUCAAGCAGCACUGAGUCCUCCUGGUGGACUUUAUCAGGCUAACAAAGGCACUAAUAAUGAUAUGAGUCAUUUGAAGACCUAUAAUACUUCCAUGAAUUGGAAACCUAAUAUUGGAAUUGGAGGGAACUCAAUCAUAUAUGAUACUCAUAAGACUUGGGGAUGUAUUGCUCAUGUAAGAAUACAAGAUCCUAAGAGACCUAAGAUGGAACCUAGAACCAUUACUUAUAUAUAUCUAGGAAGUGUAGAAGACAGUGCUGCAAAUAGGUUUUUGGAUCUAUCUACAAAUACGGUGACAGAAUCCAGAGAUUCAGAACUCUUUGAGAAUAAGUUUCUCAAAGAUCAUGGCUUGAGUGCUUCUGGAUCUACAUAUAUGAUUUUAGAAUAUCCUAUAGAAACUGAAGCAAGCUCUUCUGACACUAAUCCCACACAACUGGUUGUUGAAUCAGUUCAAGCUAGAGUAUCUACGAGAGAGAGUUUCCAAAGACUUUGGCAAGGACUUUGUCACUUUCAGGAAGCAAUGAGAUCUGGAGAAUCUCUACUAUGGGUAAAAGCCAUAUAUGAUGAAAUGAGCUCUCUGCUGCAGAAUUAUAGCUAG